AAGGGUAGGGUUGCUAUAAGGCCGAACUCGAAGGUAACGGUCAGGUCGGCCGACUCGUUUCUCGCCCUCUCGCGACCGGCUUUGCCGGCGGGCGUCUAGAGUCGCGACAUUUAUUCUUCAUCUCGCCCACUCUCCAAGUCUUCUGGACCUAAUUUUUUGUUUUUUACUGUUUUUUACUCCUGCAGUCCCCGCUUCAUGCCUUUCAAGUCUUCGAUUGCACUUCCCAUUGCCACUCGUCGCCACCCUCCCUGAUCCUGACCGGUAAGCCGCGCGUCGCGGCAACCUGAACCACAAGACACAAUGUCGGCGCUCCGGUCAUGGUUCCGUGGGUCAUCAGCCACACCGAGUUCCAAGCCCUCCUCGAAAGCGACAACUCCCGGUCAGCAGAGCCCAACUGGGAGCACCUCUUCCCUCAAUGGCAAGACAAAACCACGAGUCUCCUCGGAGAGGCAAGAAACCAGCGACCUCGAAGAUGCCAUGGCCGCCGCCGGACUCAUCAUGAACGAUGAUAUUGACGGAGCGGAAGCUCUGCUGCGCCUCCGCGAGGACUCGUCCACCUUCCACAAACUCGGCAUGGGCGUCUCGACCUUCAUUCGGAGCAUUCUCGGGUUCGAAAAGGACGUCAUGGCCGAGGCAGCGAGGCGCCUGAACGAGACAGAAAACAGGGCGUGGGACGACACAAAAAAGGCGCAGAAAGAGGCGGACGGGAGCGUCAGCAGGAUUUACCCACCGGGCUCUGAAUUCGCUCUCGUGAAUGCCGAAGCGCAGUUGAUGAACGCCGUGGUGGGAGUCAUGCACGAGAGCUUGACCGAGGCCAUCAAGGGGUUCUACAAGUUGCGGAAAGCCUAUCUUACCCUCGAAAGCAUCGUGGAGGCCGAGGCGCGGUAUUUGCGCUCCAUUGGGCAGGACGGCGUAACAUCGUCGUCUCCUUCGACACAAGACAGCUCUUCUGACGACACGGUUCCCGGUCUACCCGACGGGCCUGUGUGUGACGAGCUCGAGGGGGGAACACCAACAGCCAAGGAUCGUGGUACCGGUGACCACGGAUCAUCGGGGGCGGUUGAGGUGUCACAGACUCCCGAGGCUCAAGAUGCAGCCUCACAAGAUAUGACACUCCUCGACGAAAAGUUGAAGAAGCUAGCCGCCGAUGAGAGGUCCCGAUCAAGUCCACUGUUGCUGCCGGUCUCUCAGGACCCGAAGGGAGACGGAAAACUAACCCCUGGUAGCAUCGCGCUGGACCAGCUCAACACGGCCGGUGCGGACAAAUCUCUCUUCAAGUCCUCGAUCGAGAUUUUUGUCCACAGCGGCGCAAAUAUGUGCUUCGGUAUCCUCCUACUCAUUCUUUCAAUGGUACCUCCGGCCUUCUCCCGCCUGCUGUCAAUCAUUGGUUUCAAGGGCGACCGCGACAGGGGGUUGAAGAUGCUCUGGCAGUCUACCAAGUUCCCCAACAUCAACGGAGCCAUGGCCGCGCUCGUCCUUCUCAACUACUACAACACGUUCCUCGGGAUGGCCGACAUCCUGCCUCCCGAAUACGACGUCGAUGACUCUUCCGCCUCAUCCUCCGAUUCGGGCGGCAGCAACGGUGCUUCCUCCAACAGCGGCACCAGCAGCACCAGCAGCACCCGUAGUAACAGUAGCGAGAGUGAGAACGACUUCGAGGCAGUCGGCUACCCCCGAGAGAGAUGCGCCGCUCUCCUCGCGGCCAUGCGCGAGCGGUAUCCGGAGUCGCGGCUCUGGCGGCUGGAGGAGGCGCGGAUGCUGGCCAACGGGCGGCAGCUGGACGAGGCGAUCGAGCGGCUGUCGGCCAACAUGGACAGCAAGAUGCGGCAGAUCACGGCGCUCAACAACUUUGAGCUGAGCAUGAGCUCCAUGUACGUGCUCGACUGGCCGGCCAUGCGCGACAACUUUUGCCGCUGCGUCGAGCUCAACACCUGGAGUCACGCGCUCUACUACUACAUCGCCGGCUGCGCCGAGAUCGAGAUGUACCGCGACGCCUUCCACAAGGUGGCAGCGCUUCCGGCCGGGGGGGACGCGGCGGCCGAGAGGAGCGUCCUCCUGACGGAGGCACAGAAGCACAAGAAGGCGGCCGAGGAGUACCUGCGCAAGGCGCCCACGGUGGCCGGCAAGAAGCGGUUCAUGGCGAGGCAGCUGCCGUUCGAGGUGUUUGUGAGCCGCAAGCUGCUCAAGUGGGAGGAGCGCGCCAAGGCGGCCGGGGUCGACCUCGCGGACGCGGUGGCGGUCAGCCCGGCGAUGGAGAUGAUCUACCUCUGGAAUGGCAGCAAGCGGAUGGGGACCAAGCACCUCGAGAGGGCGAGGACCCUGCUGGCGUGGGAACGCUGCACGGCGCCGGCGGACAAGGUGGCCAAGUUCCGGGAGGAGAAGGACGAGGAUGCCAUCGCCUUGCUGGCCGAAUGCGCGCUCUUGAGGCACUUGGGCAAGGGCGCCGAGGCCAAGGCCUUGGUCGAGCCCCUGUUGACAAUGGACAAGUCCUUGUUUAAGGGUCACACGAGAGACGACUACUGCUUGGCUGCGGCUCACUACGAGGUGGCUGCGGUGGCCUGGAUGGAUGUCUGCGAUCGGGAAAGCUGGCCCAAGGGCACUGUCGACGAAAUCCAGGCUUUCCGGAGACAGAAAGCUGAUGAAUGCCGGCAAUAUCUCGAUAAGGUCUCCAAGUGGGAGGGCUUCGUGCUGGACGCUCGGUUUGGACUGAGGGUGAAGGCGGGCAUGGAGACUGUGGCAUGGCUGAGGGCAAAGAAGGGAUGGGAGUGACCGGCCGGGGUCAGGGCCUUGCUUGUCAGGCGUGCAUUACAUACCCUAUGCAGCAAUGCAGAUGCAGA